CACAAAUUGAGGCGCUAUUUCUAAUUUACGCCGUAUGUGCAUAUUUUUUCCCUAUUUUCUUCAGUCUUCUCUUCUACUCUUUCUUCUUCCUCAAUGACAGACUCCAUUAAAAUCAUCAGUCCAAGCAUCAAAUCUCUGCACCUACAAGCAAAACCACGUUCUUAUAAUUCAACCGGAUAUGGGUUUCUUCCAAUUCAUCAGAUUUUCUCACUAUCGACUUCUUUGGUUAGAAUUUCCUCCAUUAAUUUUGAUGGAAUACGAUCGAGGAUUACUGCUUCAAAUGAUACUUUUAGCAUAGAUUCUUCCUCUUCUUCAUUGAAUAUUGAUUCGAAACCAGUUUCUGUAGAGCUUAAAUCAAUUGGUAGUGAAGAACAGUUUGAUAGGAUCAUGGGUGAAGCUCAACAACUUGAUCAAGCAUUGAUUAUUGUCUGGAUGGCUACUUGGUGCAGAAAAUGUAUUUACUUGAAACCCAAAAUCGAAAAAAUGGCAGCUGAUUAUUAUCCAAGAGUUGGAUUCUUCUGCAUUGAUGUCAACACUGUCCCUUUCAAGCUAGUUAAUCAUGCAGGAGUUACUAAGAUGCCAACAAUACAGUUAUGGAAGGAUGGCAAGAAGCAAGCAGAAGUGAUAGGAGGCCACAAAGCUUACUUAGUGGUUAACGAAGUUCGUGAAAUGAUCGAGAACGAAGGUCCUCUGUAAUUAUGAAAAGUACCGACAAAGAAUUUGUUGUGGAUACAUUAAGAAACAAUUUCCACCAAUAUUAUUAUACACUAUCUGAUAAACAGUGAAAUUAUUCACAGAGGAAUAAAAGUUAACCGUUUCUCAGUC